CAGUGGCCCCAAUUCUAUCAUGUCCGAUGUGGUGGAUCCCGUCGAGCAUAUGCUAAAGAGUACCGGUUGCCUGAAUCUCCACUACAAGGUGCAGGAGUGCAUUGCCGAAACCGGCGACUGGCGGCUCUGUCAGGACGUAGUUAAAGAUUUCAAACACUGCAUGCAAGAUUACACCGACAAGCAGCGGGCAAAGUAUAGCGGGAAGUAA